GAUUUUUUACUCUGAUUAAAUUUCAGGAUUUGAGUUUAAAUGUAUUUGGCUAAGGUGUAUGUAAACUUCCGACUUCAACUGUAUAAUAUUGUUGCCACAAUUGAAAACUGCAAGGCCAGCUAUUGAAUAUCCACAAGUAACGUUAUGUUGAUGAUAGAAACAUGGUUCCAACGUUUCUAUUCUAGCAAGUUAGCUAGGUAGUUUGUUUGGAACUGUAUCAUGCGCAAGAAAGAUGGCUACAUUUAUCUGUCUUCAAUUAGAAUUUUUUUUCUCAGGCGAGUUAAUUGAAAUUUUUACAGCCACAGCAGCAAAUAGAAAGGGGGAGCAGGGACAAGUGUCAGGUAACGUUAACUUAGCUAGCUAACGUCAAAUCAGCCUGAUUUUUAUAUGGAGCUUUCUUUAGUUAGCUUAAGCUUUUAAAGAGAGCUAUCCUUUUUAUAAUAAGUGUGUGACUUUACUAGACUGAGACGAGGCAGAAUCCGGGGAGUGAGUUAGGGAUGCAUGAGGGACAAAAUUUAACAGAGGAGAGGAAAGCCAGGAGAGUAGAUGGAAGGAGUAGAGGAGAGCUGAGUAAGGCCAAGUGCACGCCACCGGCAAUCCAGAUGUGACAUAAAAUUGACAGACUGAAGCCGUGGCUAUAUAAUACACCACAUGGUUAGUCAAAUGACCUUUACUUAGGCUAAGGGCUAAAAAUGUUUGUGCAUAUUUAGUCUGUACUUGUCUGCAGCAUUAUGUAUUUAUUUCUGAGCCAACUCCACCAGGACCUCGAUGGCCCAAUGGGUUUCUGGGUGCAUUCAACAUCGAGGAGGAGGAGAGGGAGAGGCAAGGUGGACAAGACCAGGGUGCAGUUCUGGGUUCGGGUUCAGAAAGGAGGUAAUGGAUCCAUAUCUUGUUGGCCUUCAGGACAGCCUAGACCGGAAGUUCCAACACCGGUAGAUUCUGGGGGCCUUCAGUCUGUUGGGACCUCAGCCUGCUUUCUCUAGUGAGAGGAUAAACACCUUUAACCUGACCCUCUUCUCCAGGCAGUUCUUGCAACCGCCAGAGGCUGCUAUGCUGCAAGAGUGGUUCUCUUACAAGCAACAUGUGUUUGUUGGAGCAUUCAAGGGGUUGGACCAGAUGGCAAUGACAAAGCUGGCCUCUCAGUUUGAUGAGUGGAGGCCAUCUACACUUGCCUUAUCCAACUGGCAGCAAUCGCACUGACUAUAUCAGUGUCUUCCGUUAAUUGUGAGAGGGACUUCUCUGCAAUGAAACGAGUCAAAACAGACUUGAGGAACAGACUGCAUGGAGAGCAUCUAGCCGCCUGCAUGCGGCUCUGCAUCAAUCAAGGAGCUCAAUUACAGGAGGGUGUUGGAAAGCCCAGAAGAAUAAAGUGCUCUGACAAAGGCUGUUACCUAAGUCAGAACUAGGUUUUUGUCAGAACCUGGAAAGAGAUUUCCAACGCCCUCCUUUUGUGAUGAACAUGAAUCAGGGGGCUCUAAUUCAUGUUCCUCUGUUAAUUUAGUCAAUAUAAACUUUGUUAGUUCAGAAAGGUCUCUGUUGUGUUUCUUUAGAUGGCUGAAGCACUCAACCUUAAAUUGCAUCCUGUAUACUAUAAUCAUUUUACCAAUACGUUAUUGAGCUCAUUUCUAGCGGUGGAAAUAUAUUUAAGAUGGUUAGAGUUUUUUCCCUUUUUAAAUGCCACCAGAAUCAAGCUUUUCAGUACUUGUUUUGGGAGAGAGGACCCCGGAACACAUGAGAAUGAGCUAUGUGAAGAAAAUGGUGGAGUCCAUGAAGAACGUGGCCGGCAUGGACGUGGAACUGACGGUAGAAGAGCGGAACCUGCUGUCGGUGGCGUACAAAAACGUGAUCGGAGCCAGAAGAGCAUCCUGGAGGAUAAUCAGCAGCCUCGAACAGAAAGAAGAGAACAAAGGAGGCGAAGACAAGCUAAAGAUGAUCAGGGAAUACAGGCAAACGGUGGAGACUGAGCUAAAAUCAAUCUGUAACGACAUUCUGGAUGUACUGGAUAAGCACCUCAUUCCAGCUGCAAACACGGGAGAAUCAAAGGUUUUCUACUACAAAAUGAAGGGAGACUACCACAGGUACCUGGCAGAGUUCGCCACGGGCAACGACAGGAAGGAGGCGGCGGAGAACAGUUUGGUAGCCUACAAAGCCGCGAGCGACAUUGCCAUGAUCGAGCUCCCCCCGACUCACCCCAUCCGCCUGGGACUGGCACUCAACUUCUCCGUAUUUUAUUAUGAAAUUCUCAAUUCCCCUGACCGCGCAUGCAGGUUGGCGAAGGCGGCAUUUGACGAUGCCAUUGCAGAACUGGACACGCUGAGCGAGGAGAGCUACAAGGACUCCACGCUCAUCAUGCAGUUGCUACGCGACAACCUGACAUUAUGGACUUCAGACAUGCAGGGAGACGGUGAAGAACAGAAUAAAGAAGCACUGCAAGAUGUGGAGGAUGAGACCCAGCAGUGAGACUUUAUGGCCAAUACCCGAAACCUCCCUCUCUCUCUCUCCAUCCUAUUACCUCCCCUGUCUGCCCCGCUAGCCCCAGGUCCUACUACGUGUCAGUGAGAGCUCCCAAACUUGGCUUUUACUCUGACGUCCACUCGCUCUAUUUCUCCCCACCUCUUCUUUCUUUAAUUCUUUCUUUAUGUUCUAUCACUCGAUCUGUCUGUCAGCUCAUAGCCCCUCUGUGCUUCCUAGGGUUAUCUCUUCUGGUUUUUAUUUUCUUAUAAAAAAAUCCUAUUAAAUUCACCUAUUUCAGUGGGAAUAAUAUACUUCCACGUUAAAACACAAGAGAAAAUGUAAAAGCUAAAGCUUCGAGCUGUUCCUGGUUGUUACCUUUUAUUGAUUUUUAUAACUCUGUUGCAAGCCUGUAAGGUUCACGUCGUUCUCUUUCCUUCCUUUUUUUGUUGCUUUUUUCGUUUACAUUUUUGCCAUGUCAUCAGUUGCCAAGUGUGUUGCUUGGGGUCGUCAAAGUUCACACAAUUUAACGAGUUGAUUUUUAAAACGCAAACGUUUGCUGUAACUCUUUUUCCAUAACUGUGAUGUCUUUGUGCUACUUUACGCUAAUCGUCUAAGCUUCUGGUCGCAAAUUAGGGAUGGUCGUGAAUUUUGACGGUUUUUAAAAGGGACAUUUUAAUGCCCUCUUUAUUUGUGAUUCUCUCAUUCGUUCGUUCGUUCGUUGCAAGACUCUGUUUUAUCAAUGGUGAUAGCUGAACUUCCCAUGAGUGUCUCUUUCUUUGAGAUCACCCCUCAAGUCCAGGACAUGGACCACGCAUUUUUGUGCUCAAGAGGCUGUAGCGCUGCUUUUUUACUCAUUGCUGACGUAAGGACACGAUGGCUUGUAGCAGUUGGAGGGUGGAAAAAAGAAGAAUCUCCCUCUCUCUGAUGUUAGGUAAAGCAGGUUUGCAUUGGCACUGUCAAAAGAAAAACAACCUUUGUUUAAAAAAAGAAAAACCUGCUUAUGUCAUCUUGUAUCCCCAUUCUGUUCCAGAAUGUUCCCUUUCUCUCUUUCUUUCUCUGUCUCUGUCCUGCCCCCAUAUUUUCUCUCUUGUUCAGUAUGUGUAACUUGAAUCUGAUUUGUACUACUGGAUAUUCUGACUGGAGCCACAAGCACUGUCUGUAUUCUUACUGAAACACAGCAUGGAAAUUAACAUUAAACUUCAAAUUAAAAAAA